CUAGAUCUUUCAAGCUAUCCUUGCUUCCUAGCUCCCUUUGGCGUGCUGUACCGGACGACAGGGGUAGGUAGGUAGGUAGGUGUAGCUAGCUCGGCGAGCGAGGGAGCAAUCCGGCCAACAGCACACGCGUCGAUCGCCAUGCCGAGAAGCGGCGGCGGCGGCAAUGGCGGUGGCAUUAGUAGUAGUAGUAGGGUGAUGCCCAACCUCCCGGCCGGGUUCCGCUUCCACCCCACGGACGAGGAGCUCAUGGUGCACUACCUCAUGAGGCAGGCCGCCUCCAUGCCGUGCCCCGUCCCCAUCAUCGCCGAGGUCAACAUCUACCAGUGCAACCCCUGGGAUCUCCCUGCCAAGGCAUUGUUCGGCGACAAGGAGUGGUUUUUCUUCAGCCCCCGGGACCGCAAGUACCCCAACGGCGCCCGCCCCAACCGCGCCGCCGGGUCCGGGUACUGGAAGGCCACCGGCACCGACAAGGCCAUCCUGUCGUCGUCCACGCCCACGAGCCACGGCGGCGCCAACAUCGUCGUCGGCGUCAAGAAGGCGCUCGUCUUCUACGGCGGCAGGCCGCCCAAGGGCACCAAGACGGACUGGAUCAUGCACGAGUACCGCCUCUCGGGCGCGGCGGACGACGACUGCAAGGGCAGCACCAGGCGCAGAGUGUCUUCCUCCUCGUCGUCCUCCAUGAGGCUGGACGACUGGGUGCUGUGCAGGAUCCACAAGAAGAGCAACGAUUUCCAGUUGUCGUCGUCGUCGGAGCAUGAGCACGAGCAGGAGGAGCCGGCGGCGGGCGGCUCAGCGACGACUGUGGAGGAACUAGACGCUCUCGUCGUCGUCGACAACAGCAGCAGCAGCGACACCACCACCACCACCAUCACCACCAACGACAACAACUCUACUGAAACAGCUGCGACUCAUCACGAUCCUCAGACGAUGAUGAUGCUGAGCAAGUCGUGCUCGCUCACCGACCUCCUCGACAGCAUCGACUACGCGGCGCUCUCCUCGCAGAUGCUCCUCCUCGACGCGCCCCACCCCCACGCUGAUGACCCGCCGCCACACAUGGUCUACUACCCACCGGCGGCGUCGGCGACGCACCAGCAAGCAAUAAUAGCUAAUAACACCAACAGUAAUGACGACUACUAUGACGACGACAACUUGUUGCCGACUGCUGCUGCUACUGCGGUAGACGCGGCGGCGGCGGCGGUGCUACUCAGCUCGUCGCCUGCAGACACCAACGGUGUGAACAAGAGGAAGCGAGUGACGGCCGUGGACUACUACGGCGCCGCUGAACCGCCGACCUUCUUCCACCACCACCUCGAUGAUGGCGGCAACAGCUUCUUCAGUACGACCAAGAAGCUCAAGCCGCCGCCGCCAAGUGAUUCGAGGCAUGGCGGCCAUUUCGGCACCGCCACAGCGAGCAGCUACCGCGACAGCCAGCAGCUCGUGGACAGCGCGAGCAGCAGCGGCGUCUUCUUCCAUCAGUAUGGGUACGGCUACAGCAGCAGCAACCCGUUCUUGAACUUGAACCAGCAGCAGCAGCUGCUACUCAACAGCCACAUCGGGAUGCAGUAGAGCUCGAGAGAUCGAGAGAGAGAGAGAGAGAGAGAUGAUAUAUCAUUGGAAGGAUCAGCACGCGUACGUGCAGAUUAAUUGCAGCGAGUUCUAUCUUGUUUGCUUUCAUUAUUAUAUACUCCGUAUGUGUCGUUCAUGU